UUUCGUUUAGCGUGGGGUUUAGGUUGUUAAGCAGCGGUGGAUGAAAGCCAGUCUAUUUCAAUGAGCGUGAUCUCCCCCCACGAGUUUUCUCAUUUUCACCAACCCUCCUCCCCGCGCUUUUUCGGUUCGAGAAUUACAAAAUCAUGUUAGCAGCAGAACAAAUGCAAACGGUCAAAGUAGCACUGAUCUUGUGCUCAUGCUUCUUUGCAUACGGAACAUAUUGGUCUGAUUGGGCAUUUGAUUAUUAUCUCUUGUGGGCCAACCCUGCUGACCAUCCCAGUGCAAUUCCUCGAGCCAUUCUGUACUACACGACGCAAACGCAAGCACCCAACAUUCUCAAAUAUAUUCCAUUUGUCAACCUCAUUAUUGGUGCUAUUGGUUUCUCGGCUGGUCUUGCUCAUUUCACUGAAGGCAAUAUCUUGUUUGAUGGUGCAUCAUUGGUUUUGAUGCUGUUUGGAUUGUCCACACACGCUACAUCUGUGCGACCAGGCUUGGAAGUGAUCGUUGCGGCUGCUGGAGAAACAGAGGAGGUGGUUGCUGCAUUAAAGAACAUUGCUGCUGCUCACUUUAUCAUUGUGCUGGCGAUCACCGGUAUCAUCGGCCUCCAGAUUGCUCAUUACUUUGUCAUGAAGAAGUCUGCCAAAUCCGAACGGGAGACGGGCAAUGCUGCCAAAAAGAACAGAUAAUCUCACCAACUUGACUAUUAUUGUACUACUGCCACAUCUCACACUAGUAUAUAUAUCUCUGCUCCUCACAACCUGUGUUUUCCUCCUUUCAGCUUCUACCUCUCUCCUGACGCGAACGCUCCUACUUUCAUAUGCUUCUCUAACCCCCCCCCCACAUCUGAGAAACAAAAAAAAAAAAAACUGAAAAACGAACAGUAUACAUGCCGAACAACUCUCUUUGUAACACAUAUUCUUCUUAUAAUAUAUAUUUCAAGAUUAAUGUACAUGCAUGGUAUCUCAUUUAAGCGAGAAAUGUAACUUGAAGCGAAAACGUGGGAAGAUGUA